UUUAAUCAGCUUCGUUUGGUAUGCCUACAUAAGCCCAAGGAAAAGAGAGGUUUUUCCAAACUUGGGUUUUCUCAUACUCUGGAAAUGAAGAAGCAGACAGUUUGUGUGACAGGAGCAGGAGGGUUCAUCGCCUCAUGGCUUGUCAAGAUGUUGUUAAGCAAGGGAUAUACUGUUAGAGGAGCAGUACGAAAUCCUGAGGAUAGCAAGUAUGAGCAUCUGAGAGAGUUGGAAGGAGGAAAAGAGAGGCUUCACCUUGUCAAAGCUGAUAUUCUUGAUUAUGACACCCUCUCUGAGGUUCUUAGAGGAUGUGAUGGUGUGUUCCACAUGGCCUGCCUUCUCACAGAUGACCCACAACAAGUGAUAGAACCAGCAGUGAAGGGGACAGUCAACGUGUUAGAAGCCUCUGCAAAAUGUGGAGUGAAAAGGAUUGUGUUCACCUCUUCAAUAGGUGCAGUUUACAUGGACCCAAACAGAGAUCCCCACCUUGUGGUUGAUGAGAACUGCUGGAGUGAUUUGGAUUAUUGCAUUCAAACCAAAAACUGGUACUGCUAUGCCAAAACUGUUGCAGAGAAAGCUGCAUGGAAGAUGGCCCAAGAGAGGAAUUUGGAUAUGGUGGUGGUUAACCCAUGUUUGGUUUUGGGUCCUUUGUUGCAGUCUUCCAUCAAUGCCAGCACUGCUCAUAUUAUGAAAUACUUGACUGGAUCUGCAAAAACAUAUGCAAACUUAACUCAGGCAUAUGUGGACGUAAGAGAUGUUGCAGAGGCUCACAUAUUGGUGUAUGAGACACCAUCUGCUUGUGGGCGAUAUCUGUGUGCAGAAAGCAACAUGCACAGAGCUCAACUAGUCCAAAUGUUGGCCAAAUUAUUUCCACAAUACCCAUCUCCUACAAAGUGUUCAGAUGAGAAAAAUCCAAAGAAAGAGCCUUUUAAAUUCUCAACUCAGAAGCUCAAAGACCUGGGCCUUUCAUUUACGCCUAUAAACAAGUGCCUGAUUGACACAGUAGUGAGCUUACAGGACAAGGAAUUUCUUCCCUAGAUAUUAUGCUAACGAGGAUCAAAUUUUCAGUACAUAUAGUAUCUCCUCUUUAUUCUAUAGAUGGAUAAAGUUCAACUAUUUAAACUGAUUCUAAGACUGUUUCCUACUUGAAUUAAGCCCAAGGGCUUCAACAGUUUUACCACGUUGGACAGUAUUGGGUUAUAUUGUUGAAAUUGAAUAUUAAAUGAA